AUGGUUGCCUUCCAUAGCACCAAGGGCAGCUUCGCUUCUCAAGGCCCAAUCCAUGUCUAUGUGAACGUUGGUGCCUCUGCGCAGUCAGUCUUCUUGGAAGGUGUCGUUUAUAAUGAUGCCUACCAUGCAGUCCAACUGACCGCCUCAGGAAGCCAGAACCGUCCAGAGAUCAAGCCCGGUGAGGUCUUGAUCGAAGGGAACACUGAGAUUUUCUGGCCCCAAGGUACCGCUUACACUAGAAGGGAUACUUUGCAGUUUGGAUGCAACGAAAAUGGGAAAGAGUGUGUUACCGAAGGCUUUCGCUAUAACAGUGGCUAUGGCGACAUCUACAACCUCAACGAAGCGACAUUUCAGCCAAAGGAUAACGGUCAUCCUCACGCGGGCGGAGCUCACAUGGAUCAUAGUCUGGUCGACGGCUAUACAUACCUGAUGGUCAUAGUUCCUGACAGCGAGGAGUGCCUCCCUUAUGGUUGUACCGAGGACCCUGCAGGCGGUUGGUGCCCCGAUUCGCACAAAGUCCUUAUUGGCAGAGACCCUACGUACACGGGUUGUGCCUCCGACUGCAGAGUCAUGAAAACGGAUGCAGCAUGCUGCCGAGGAGCCUACAACCAUGAUGAGUGCAGAGCCUCUAGCCAACACUUCUCCGACCGCUGCAAGAACUCAUAUGCCUACGCAUAUGACGACAGAAAAGGUCUUCGGUUCUGCGGCAAAGUUCCACAGAUCACCUAUCACUUUUUCAAUUUAAAUUUGGAUUGUGAUUGGGCGGUUAUGGACCCGCAAACCGGGAAUCUAUCUAGAGACUCGAGGGAAUGUUUGAAUAGGUUGAUCCAAGCUCCAUAUCUUUCUACGAAGAACUCCUCAGGUGUCUACACAGAUUUAUGGUAG